GGAACAUACACAUGACAACAAUAUUCUCCAUACAGGUGCUUACUAGGUUGCAGGCAGUCACUCUAGAGUAGAUGCAACGGUUGUGCAUUUAAUUUCUUCUAUUAUUCGAGUUGUAAUGCUUACUACGAUUACCUAUUUCGUGGACGUGGUGAGCUCUUGUGUCUUAUUAUAAUUUUUUCAUUUGGUCUUGAGUGGUGUGAAUCGAUGCAUCUAUCUUCUAUGUGACAAAGUUUGCACAUUGACUUGAGUUGGGAUAGUUAAUGUUGAAAUAGGAAAUCAUAAUCUUUCUUAGUGGUCUCGUAGUCCUUGCAAAUGUAGUUCUUGCAUAUUGUUUCUUCCAUGCUUUUAUAUUUAUAUGAGCAAAAUCAAUUGGUGAUUGUUUAUGUAUGGAAUAGACAUUGAAAUUGAUUACUAACGGAAAAAUCUAUGGCCUGGUUGUAAUUGCGUUUUGCAUCGUGGGACCAUCCACAGGAGCUUGAAAAACGCGCUGCACCACUGCUUGAGGAAAACAUCGUUUUGACGACCCGUUACGUUCGCUUGCACGACCGUUGCCAAUUGGAAGUACGAACAGCAAAACCUACUGGAGAAGCCCUCACUCUUGCAGCCUCUCAUCUUACUGCGACCAGCCUCGUGCUUCUCUAGCUCUACAAGGUGAGAAGCACCUCCAGGCAGAAACUUCUUACUACAGUCUUCCAGUAAUAAGUACUAGUAUACGUGGCAAGAUGUCGGCGAACGUAAGCGAGCCUAAUGUGCCUGUCGGCAUGAACACUUUUGGGCGGCAAGCAGUAGCGCAGACAAUAGGCGCUGGGCACCGAUGGGGCUUUGCCUUCACGGCGUGUACCAUCUUCGUUUCAGUGGUGCUGUGCGGCAGUUACUUGGCGAAGUUUCUGAGGGGGAAGAUAUCACUCUUCGUUCUCGACCUCUUCAAUGUAGGCGCAGCAGGGAUGUUUCUGGCGAUGGCCAUGUUCCACAUUCUACCAGAAGUGGUGGUGGAAAUCUUAGGUAAAGAUUAUAGUUUUUUCUCUUCUUGUCGUUGUGGACGUGGAACAUCUACCUCCUCCUUUACCUCUAGACAAACUUCUUUUUAGCGCAAGUAGAAAAUAGAAACACGACACUUCGGGUUCGUUGCCUUUAGCAGACUUUAUUUCUCUUUGAAAAUGACGACAGGUCAAAUUGUAAAAGGGUCAGUAGAAGGCUGGCGAUCGCGGUAUAUGGAUCAGAGUGGCUUCGAUUUUAACGAGCAGCUAGGGAAGGACAUUAUGAAUGUCGACGUUGACGACAAAUUGAUAAGCUUCACCUCCAUCACUGACACUGCAUUACACGAAUUUGAGCGGAGAUUGCAGCUAGUCGGAGCUAUCCUCUUUCUGGGUUACGCAACCAUCCUCUUCUUCGAGCGAGUCUUCGCACUAUGGUAUAGAUAUUUUUUUAGUCUCCAAACACAUUUCUAUAGAUACUGAUUUGUUUUCAUUAUUCACUUAGACUUACAACAGGAGAAAGGUAAAAUCUUCAAAAUCAAGGAAUAGGACAUCAAAAUCAACACAAAUCUUAUCAAAAAAUUAUCCACUACCUACAACAAGCAUCUGCUUCCUGUAAGAAACCAAAGACACGACUCCACCACUUGUCAUACAGGUUCACUCCAGCUCCAUCACACGGGCACUCGCACGGCGGCGGUUGCGCAAUUCAUGACGACAGCGACGAAGAGGACGAAGAGGUCGACAAGCCUAGUCCCCUACAAGACGAUGUUGAGGACCUCGAAAAUCCACUUCUCAGAGAAGACGAUUUCGAAAAUCCACUGGCCAAUGCUUUCAGUAAUAAGGUAGGCGUAGAACAACAACACAGAACAGUAGGAGCACCAGCGACGUCAGCAUCUUCUUCUUCUUCAAAUGCAGCUCGCCAUCAUCAUCACGGCCAGCUGCAUAGUAGCGCAGCAAGUAGACAUGAUCAUUCCCACGACGAUGGGGCUUGCGAUCACGCUCAUCAUGCCGAUAGCCAUGGUAUGCACGGUCACGGCCAUGAGCACGGGCAUGGUUCCACAUCAUUUGGCGGUAGUGGUUGUGGGCAUGACCACAGUGGCGGUAGUGGUUGUGGGCAUGACCACAGUGUCGGAGGAGGACAUCACGAGCAUGCUAGGCAUAGUCAUAGUGGAGGUCGACAUAGUCGUAAUAGCCAUAGUCAUGCCAAUUGCGGCAGACAUAGUAGGCGGCACAGCACAGCGAGUCUAGGGUGUCACGGCCACGACAACCACGGACAUCAACACGGUGUGCCGGUUGGUGCUAGUCCAGCUUCGGCUAUUAUGCUCAUGCUCGCGCUGAGCAUACACUGCUUCUUUGAAGGGUACUAAAUUAGGUCUCUUCUUGAUAAGUUUGAGUACAUAUAACUUUUUAUGUCGUGCUACGUACGUCUACGUCUAGGUGAUUGAUGAUCUUUAUGAUUUGAUUGAUUUUAAUCUUUAUCUGUAAGAACGAUGAUGAUGGCAUUCUACUUGAUUGUUUGUAAAGUCGUCUAUUGCUUUGUCCUUAAUAAGUCAAAAAUCUAGGCCCUCAACAUCUAUUGUUGCAUUUUUUCCCAUUUUCUCAUCGCUCAGGUGGUCAGCGGCGUCCAAUUUCAAGGGCAACAAGCCAUGGCGAAGUGGCAUCGUAGCUGUCACCGCUUACGCAGCGCACAAGUGGGUGGAGGGCUUUGUGCUAGCCUUAUCUUUGCUCAAAGCGGAUUUCGGGAGUGGCAGCUUCUUCCUAUUCAACUUCGCCUGUAGUUUAGCCAGUCCAUUGGGCGUGAUCCUGUAUACCGCGAGUCACGCAGUAGCAGCCAGUCAGAUGAAACUGGUGGAGCCAUAUUUUAACGCCUUCGCGUGCGGAACUUUGCUCUACGUAGGGGUAACGGAAAUUAUCCCGGAAGUAUUCGAAUGCGACACUGCGAAGAGCGUACGAAAAGCACUGGCGAAAUACCUGGUACUACUUAUUUCAAUUUCUCUAAAGAUCCUUUCUGAAUUCUCCGUUGAAACUAAUCGGUUAUUUGAUUUGAACAUCCCUAUUUUCCUUAUACUUUACUUAUAUUAAGCGUGGAGGUAGACUUGGUUUAUUUCUUCGAACAAGUGGUCGUUCCUGCGCUUGUUCGUGACUUGUAUCAUGUCAAACCCUUGCUUUGGUUUGAAAUUGAUGCUCAAACUACCUCAUCAUCAGACAUCUACUUCACCUUACGACUUUGAAACUCAUACCUCAUCAUCUACAUCUACUUCAUCAGGUCUUCAAUGCAUGCGGUGGGCUCUUAAUGCUGUUUUUAUUUUUCAACCAUUCUUGUGGAGGGGGCGAUGAUGGGGAUGGACAUGUCCAUUGCGAAGAUGGUUCUUGCCCCCCUGACGAGCUGUUACCCAUGAUUCUCAAGAGGGUUAUCCUUUUCUACGGAUACUAGUAGAAUCUUGCCUAGAGGGGGCACCAACAGGCGGAUGAAGGAAACGGACACUAGUAAGUAACCCCAUUCUAGUUCCAUAAAGGGGGUAUCGAAAUCGAUCCUGCUCUAUGCUCUCUGACGCCUUGUUAUUUUACCAGACUAGAACGUAGAUGAUUUGAACAGUAUUCAGAUCGGGUUUUUGUAUCGUAAGUAUUUUGGAACUACAGAUUUCAAUGAGUAGAAAGCAUGGCUUUCACGGCGUUUGAUUUUCCUUAUCGUAAUUCUUAUAUCUGACGAUGACGGACUAUUCUUUUCUUUCCAACCCUCGGGAUAAAAAUUCCUCUGAGUGGUCCCACUUACCUAGAUGUAAACGUAAUGAGAGGUCUUGAUAUGUAGCCUCACGUGUGACCUGGUGAAACAAUUGAGUUUGAAUUGAGUCCUACGCCGUUGUACAAACUAGAUGCUAACGCUAAGUGAUGCCGUUGGAGUUGUCCUUGUCCUUCUUGUCACCGAUUUCUAUUGGAACUUAAUGACAAUGUAGAUACCUCGUACCUCAACAAUUAUAUUAUAUGUACCCGAACCUCCCGACUGACGUCUGAUGCAGUUCGUGCUAUCAUCUACAGCAUCAGGGAGCCUAGGGAAUUGUUUGUUCUAGGCCCUUUGAGAAUUAUAGCCGUUAUGGCAUCUUCCCGAAAUUUGAGUGGUUCCUCCUAGAAAUUUAUGUUAAAUGAAGACUGAAGAUGUUUCCACGUCAAGGUUGACGCGACACGGAUGCGACGUAACGGUCGCGUGCGUCCCAAAUAAUUUAAUUAUGAUUCCCACCUCAUGUUGGUAAGCUUUCGAAAAUUCAUGGGAGCGUGUGGUUGUUGAACUGAGUUCUUUGCUUUAGAUUUUUUCUGGUGCGACAACUUCGCCAAAGUACUAGGAUAGUAUGCAAAUGCACAGUGAUUAAUUGCUCAGUUACCUUGCUACCUGCGACUACACAUUGCUGCCAGUGGUCUGUGAUAUAGACGCAUCAGGCCAAAUAAUUCUUCUUUCCACUUGAAAAAGCAUGGACCGAUGAAAAUUCGAAAAUAUAGCUUUCUGGCGUGGUAUUCCACUAGACUCUCGUCGUCGUAGCUAGCUGGGCGAGUAGCGCCUACUAACUAUGCAAAGUUCAUAUCAUGGAGGUGGCCAGGUCUAGGGAAAUCAUGGAAGCCCUCGACCUAUCCAAAUCAUAGCUUACUGUCGACAUGGGUAGAAGUGUUAAGGAGGAUGAGAUGGACAUGGACUACGUAUUUUUGGUAGGCUUGUUAAGUGUAUUGAGAAUAUAGAAUUAUUUACCUAUCUAUCUCUGUUGACCAGUUACCAAUCUAUCGUCAUAAGCAGUUCUUCCCUGAUGAAGUGCCGGCGUUGUACUUGCAUAUAGAAAUUGAGUCUAGCGUCGCCACUAGAGUUUAUCAUGCCUUCUGGUAGGCCAAGGCUGUCAGCAAAACAACCGCGUGGUAUGAAUUAUUUUCGACACGCAGAAUUCUUCAAAAUGAAAAAAUGAGUGGCGUUUCAACAAGAAGAUGUAUCAACAAGAACAACAAAUAAUCAACAAGAUGAGC